AUGUACAGCUCAAACGAAUUCCUGCACAGCGCAGGCGUGAGUCGUCACAUGCAGGCAACUGGUGAAACGCCGACCCAGAAGACUAGCAUGAAACGACGUUCGUGUGAAGUGCCUUUAGGUGACAUUUCAUCUAAUAAUUUCAAGGUGUCCCUUGGUGAUAUAACGAAUGAAGGUCCAAACUACGACUGUAGAUCGUUGCGAUCCACCAAAUCUGAAGACACGCGAUCGCUAAGGUCUUAUAGGCCCAUCGAUAGUCGUAGUGUAAAGAACUUUAGAUCUUCUUUGGCUGAUAUUACAUCAUACUCUCUGUCUCGUCCGCCAAGCUACGAUCAGCUAUCUCGUAGAUCUGUGGUGGAAGGUAACGAUGGGAUAACAUCAAGUAUUGAAGGUGUUCUCUGGUCUGAUGAAGAGGAAAACGAGUACUUCUAUCAAGAAAACAUCACUACAGCCUGGAAUCAAGACUUGGCGGCUUUACGACAACUUCUGGAGAGCGAAACGGGAGGCACAACCUGUCCAAGUUGUAACAUGCCAUUUGAUAAGGGUAAAAAGAGAAAGUUAAUUGACACAUGCGGACAUGAGCGCUGCUAUUCCUGUAUGUUCAGAAACGAAGCCUGCCCAAUUUGUGCAAGAAAAAGUCAGGGAAGACGUCCAGUUAUGGAGAGAUAUACCCCAUCUCCACAACGACAAGUGGAUCAUGAAUGGCAGUCACCGAUGCGACUACCAAAACCACCGAAGCCAUCGAGUCUCGCUCAAAGCUGCCCCACACCUCCUCACACUAGAAGAAGAUUCUUCCUUAGUCCUAAAUCCUUGCGCAGUCCAUUCGGCCAACGAAGCCGCCAUUCUCACGAAAACCACGUGCCUCUAUCAGGGUUACCGGAAGAAGGUCCUAGGAACGCAGCGUGGACGAGCUUGGUGUUUAAUAAGAUAAGAUCCUUGUGGUCUGCCCAAUCCUCAGUGCCUCAAGGACUCAACCAGUUAACAGAUGACGAAGGAGGUCAUAUCAAACAAGGUUAUGAGACCAGACGGCAAAAUGACUUGUAUAUGCGAUUGGGAUUACUUCUUGGGGAGCGACGUGGAUCCAGGAACAAAUCCCGAGACAGCUGCACAUCUCUAGCCUCAUUGGACGCUCAUACUUUAGCCUCUCACAAUACCAGCCCAGUGUCAACAUUAACUGGUUCAUCAGAAGUAGAUGCUACAACACCACUUGGUAGGGAUUCUUUGGGAUCACUAGCCUCAAUGUCACUCUCUGCCGCCAGCAAUUGUUCAUCAUCAAGUCCUGGGAGCAGACGGCAUUCUGUUAACACUUUACAAAACGGACGAGAGGAAUUGACGCGGAUGUCGAGUGGAUUCUUUAAGAACAGAAAAACAGCAGCACGGAGAUCAGCUCGUGUCAAUAGCAAACAGUCGACAUCUUCAUCAGAAAUAAAGAAAGUUCAUCCAACUCCACAACUGACUUUGCGACCACUAUUCUUUGAAGUGCCGGCAACCAAUAACGACACUUGCUUUUCUGGACGACAUUGGCUUAUGAGAGACAUGGAAAAAGCUUUGGAAUCUUCUUCACCUGGUAUAAUGAUAUCGGGCUGUCCAGGUACGGGCAAAACUGCUUUAAUACUUCAACUAGUCGAAUAUUCAUGUUUCGGCCGCAAAAGGAACUAUCAGUAUCAAGAAUUACGAGAGCAGUCAGAUAUUAGAGAAAUGCUGCCAGAAGAAAUAGCAGCAGGGAUGAUCACACAACUAGCCUCACAAGUUGUUGCUUAUCAUUUCUGCCAAGCAGAUAACAACAGCACUUGCCUUGUUGGCGAAUUUGUACAUUCCCUGGCCGCCCAACUAUGUCAAGCGCCAAGACUACAAGCAUAUAGAGAAUACUUACUAAGUGAACCGCAUUUGCUAUCCUGCCUUUCAUUAAAAGAAUGUAUAGCCGACCCAGACUUAGCUUUUAUGAGAGGCAUUAUAGAACCUCUUAUAAUAUUAAGAAGAAAUGGAAGUAUAGAUUCAAGUAAUAGUAUCAUACUUGUUGAUGGACUUUGUGAAGCGGAAUAUCACCGACCCGAUCACGGUUAUACUGUUGCUUCAUUUCUUAUAAGACAUGUACCAGAAAUGCCAGCGUGGCUUAAAGUUGUAGCAACUAUAAGAAGUCAAUUUCUGGAACUAACAAAGCAACUACCAUACACAAGGUUCAGUCUAAAUGAAUGUGACAAUGUCCAAAAAGAUCUAUUGGAAUAUUUUAAUGCGAGAGUACAAGCAGCCCCAAUAAUAGAAACAAAUAUUAAAAGUUCCACGGGGAAAUCCGAGGGAGUACAUAAUUCGGUCAUGAAGUUUGCCCAAUAUGUUAUUCAUCUCAGUCAAGGAUCAUUCCUGUUUCUAAAAUUAAUUUUAGACCUUCUUGAACGCAGUCAUAUAGUCGUAAAGUCGACUAACUACAAAGUUGUGCCAAUUUCGUUAGCUCAAAUAUUUUUGCUACAAUUCAAUUUAAGAUUCCCCACGGUACAGUCUUUUGAAAAAGUAACCCACAUUCUAAGUGUUUGUCUAGCAGCACUAUACCCUCUCACUUUGGUAGAGAUUUAUUACUCUGUGAAUUCUCUUCUUGUGGACACUUACUUGCCGUGGGAAGAAUUUUGUCACAGAUUUGAAAGCCUUUCCGAUUUCUUGGUAAAAAGAAUCGAUAAUACUUACAUGUUCUUCCACCCAUCAUUCAGAGAAUGGUUAAUAAGACGUGAUGAUAAUGAGAGUCCAAAAUUUCUAUGUGACUUGCGGGCUGGUCACUGUGGUAUCGCUUUUAGACUUUCUAGAGUGCAAGCUCCAUUAGACCCAGAAAAGUCUAUGGAACUGGGACACCACAUUUUGAAAGCUCAUAUGUACAGAAAUAUGGGACCAGCACAAUUAGGACUAUGUCCUAGAGAUUUACAAGCCAUGAUGGUAGCAUCGAGUUCUUCGAAUGUAGGGGAAGCAGUAGCUAAUUUACGUAACGUAUAUACUCCAAAUGUAAAAGUAUCGCGUCUCAUGUUGCUUGCUGGUGGAUCACCCAAUCAAAUAACUGAUUGUCUUGGAAAUGCUCCUCUAUUAUGUAUGUAUGCUUAUCAAGGAAUUAUAUCAAUGGUAGGAUUACUGAUUGAAUUUGGAGCUGAUUUAGAAAUGACAAACUCGCAAGGAUGUUCAGCUUUAUCGUUAGCUUGUCAGAGAGGUCACACCGAUGUUGCCAGGAUGUUAAUAGCAUCUGGCGCAUCUUUAAGUCACACUGAUACAGCCGAACAAACGCCUCUCGUCCACGCAGCAAAGAAUGGUCACAGAGAUACAGUAAUCUACCUACUUGGUUGUCAAACUGGUAAAGACGAUAGAAACUCAAUAGAACUAGACGAAGGCAACAUUGAACAAUUAGUUCCCGGAUCAAGACAUGCUCUGAUAGCGGCUGCUCAAAACGGUCAUUUGGAUAUUGUCGAGUAUCUUCUAGAUACAGCUGAAUUAAUUCCUGACGGUAUUUGUCCAGUAACUGGUGAAACAGCAUUGACAGCUGCUUGCUCUACUGGUAACGCUGCUAUCGCCGAUGCCCUUCUGAUUCGAGGAGCUACGCCGUACUCAUUAAAUGCCAGACAAAUGUCACCUUUGGCUCUAGCAGCUAAAAACGGCAGAACAGCAUUAGUUUUACGACUUCUGGAUUCUGGAGCUGAUGUGAUGGGAUCAAGCGGAAAAAUACCAUUAAUUUUAGCAGCUGCGGAGGGUCAUUCAGAUGUUGUUGAAAUGCUUUUAGGUCAUGGUGCUGAUCCCAAUGCUGUGGAUGGUGAUGGCAUAUCUGCUUUAGGUUGGGCAAGUCUGAGAUCAAGAAUACCCACAGUAGUUAUGCUUUUAGACAAAGGAGCAAAUAUAGAGCAAGCUGAUAGUAGCGGCCGCACACCGUUGGGACUAGCUUGCGGUGGACCUGCAGAGUUAGCAGAACUUCUUUUAGAACGUGGCGCAUCACUAGAACGUGGAGACCACAGUGGCUUACGACCUUUAGAUCGCGCCAUCGGGCAGAGGAAUGUACCGAUAGUAAAUUGCUUUCUACGGAAAGGAGCGAAACUCGGUCCAACGACAUGGGUAAUGGCGUCAGGAAAACCAGAAUUUAUGCUCAUCCUGCUUAACAAACUGCUUGAAGACGGUAACAUAUUGUACCGCAAGAACAGGCCGUCUGAAGCUGCUCAUAGAUAUCAAUACGCCCUCAAGAAGAUCUCUCCUCUCAUCAGUGAUGACGUCACCAACGCCCAAGAACACCUGAAUGUUUUCGUGCAGCUUAAAACCAAUCUGCUACUUAAUUUAUCGAGAUGCAAACGGAAACUUAACGAACCAUCAGAGGCUUUGGAUUUAGCAGCCCGCGCGUCUGUGUUACGUCCGAACGCUUUCGAAUGUUCCUACGCCAUGGCGAGAGCUAUACUUGCUCUGAACAAACCAUCAGAUGCUCUUCCUCAUGCGAGACGAGCCUUACUCCUCGCCCCACAGACAGACCUAUCAGCCAUGAGAACCUUGAAAGCUCUCCAACAAGAAAUUCUGUCUCGUAUUAAUGCCGGUACACAAAGUUUAAACGGCGACACACGGUCUUUGAGAAAUUUUGACAGCAUUAGUCUAAACAUGCCUUAA